GGGCGAUGAGUGUGAUCUAUCCGUUCGAGCUCCCAACGACGGGAUCCUUCUCAUUCGCAGAAUACUUCACCGACAACACAAAGGAGUACAAUGCGAGCAUCGCAGAGAGCACGCAAGUUCGCGCGAAUCUUCGCGCCGUGCUCAAAGAGAGUAAACGGACAGAUGGGGAAAAGGAUCACUUGAGGCUCGUCAAGAUUCUCGACGAAUAUUUGCCCCAUUUAUAUGGCAUUGUGAACUGUGUCGCAAGCAGUGAUAUCGUCUCUCCGAAAGAGCCUGUUUUCAGCUGGCGGACCACUCUUUCUGCCCAGUUAUUCAACAACUCUCCGCGCAUCAACCUGCCUUCAUUGUCCACUGAACUUGCAUUUACGUUGCUCACCUAUGGUUUCGCCCUCUCAAACUUGGCCCGGUCGACCGUGGUUUCACUUGGCUCAUACGAGCAUGAGCGUGGCCUCUCUGACAUAGAGCGCAAAGCCAAAGAUGAGAAACUCGGAUUUUCCGUAAACUUGCUGUGCCGCGCCAGUGGCGUGUUUGCGUAUGUGGGCGAUGAGGUUCUCAUCGACGCGGAGCAGGAGGAAGGGCGGAUGAGUAGAGUCGAAAGGCCUCCAGAACUCAGUAAAGAAGUCUGUUCUGCUUUAUCCAAGAUGUGCACUGCCUCGGCACAGUCCCUUGCCAUCCGUAAACUUCUCACAAAGUCUGCAUAUGACAGCACAAUUGCCCCAGGUCCUCCUCUCCCAAAGUCUCAUCCAUCACCCGCUCUUAUCGCCAAACUUCACCUCGAAGCCGCACACCUCUGCUCUUCCGCCCUCUCCCUCGCACGCAUACCGGACAAGGACAGCCAGGACGUGCAAAAAGGUGAGAUGGAUGUGUCUGCAGAUCUCCUUCGAUUUCUUGCGGAUAGCUCAGCCUACCACUCUGCAUUGGCACACAAAUGGCUGGGUGUCGAUGCGGGCGAGACACCUGGAUCGACGCGAUUAGGAGAAGCCGUUGCCUUCUUAGCAUGGUCUAAAAAGGAACUGGAUGAGCUGAAAGACGCUGGCAAGGGUGGCGGAAAGGAAGAUGGGAAGGAAGGUAAGCGCGAACGAAAGGAAAGGGUGGUAGAGGAGAUCGAGUCUGUCUCAGUGUUCCUGAAACAUUACAAGAAGCUCAACGAUUCGCUAUCAUUUCAACCGGUUCCCUCGCAAUCGUCUUUACAGUCUUCUAUACCCGCUGGCCGCUUAGCUGUUGCCAUGAAGCCAUUUGCGAAGCCUGCGCCAGCAUUUGGUCCUGGUUCCAUCGAAUAUACUCGCAAGAGGGCGGAGGAGCUGGAGUUGGUGGGUGAGUUG